UUUAAUCAACUAAGAUCUUGUUUUGGUACAAAAUAUGUACCAACUUUUACUGUUUUGUUGGAGUCAACCCUCUUUUUAUGUUUGUUACUUUCACUUAUGCAGCUUCAUUUAAGCUAAUAGCUAGUUAGCAUGUAAGCUAAAGCAGGUUUUAUACCAAUUAUAUUAAUUGUUUCAGUGUGUCAACUUCUUUUUGUACUUGUAAGUUUUUUUUAUGUUUGUUUUGAUUUGAUUAGCUUUUUUUGCCUCAGCCUAAAAGCUAGAUUUACAUCAGCUGCUAAGUAUGCCAGCUAGUUAGCGUCAGUGCGGUAAUUAUUUACUUACUAGCUAGAACUGGCACAAGAGGAGUACUAGUUGCUACAGACAAACUCCUGUAUAUUUAUAAGCUUUAUGUCGGUCAUUUGACAUACUGCGACACAUUUAGGCCGCUAGAUUGAGAUAAUAUAGCUAAUUUUGUGCUAGUUUGUUGUUUUGUGUGUAUGAGCUUCUUUUGCGAUUUUAUGAAAAAAAAAUUCUUGAGUUGCACUCGUUGAAGAAGUAGUUAAAAUAGUUAACUAAUUUUACACUAACUAAGAUCUUGUCCUGGGGUAAAAUAUGUUCCAACUUCUACUGUUUUGUUGGAGUCUUUUUAUGUUUGUUACUUACUCACUUUUACAGCCUCAUUUAGGCUAGUUAGCAUAAGCUAAAGCAGGUUUUUCUACUAAUUAUACUAAUUUUUUCAGUGUGGCAACUUCUAUUUACACUGUGUGUCAACUUCUAUUUACACUGGUAAGUAUGUUUAUAUUUGUUUGAUGUAUUCAAUUUAAUUUGUUUUUUUGUUGCUUCAGCCUAAAAGCUAGAUUUACAUCAGUUGCUAAGUAUGCAAGCUAGUUAGCUUCAAUACGGUAAUUAUUUACUGAUUAGCUAGAACUGGCCCAAGAGUAGUACUAGUUGCUACUGACAAACUCCUGUAUAUUUAGAAGCUUUAUGUCGGUCAUUUGACAUACUGCGACACAUUUAGGCCGCUAGAUUGAGAUAAUAUAGCUAAUUUUGUGAUAGUUUGUUUUUUUGUGUGUAUGAGCUUCUGUUGUGAUUUUAUGAAAAAAAAAUUGUUGAGUUGCACUCGUUGAAGUAGUAGUUAAAAUAGUUAACUAAUUUUACUCUAAGAUCUUGUUUUGGUGCAAAAUAUGUACCAACUACUACUGUUUUGUUGGAGUCUUUUUAUGUUUGUUACUUACUCACUUAUGCAGCCUCAUUUAGGCUAGUUAGCAUAAGCUAAAGCAUGUUUUUCUACUAAUUAUACUAGUUUUUUCAGUGUGUCAACUUCUAUUUACACUGGUAAGUAUGUUUAUAUUUGUUUGAUGUAUUCAAUUUAAUUUGUUUUUUUGUUGCUUUAGCCUAAAAGCUAGAUUUAUACCAGCUGCUAAGUAUGCCAGCUAGUUAGCUUCAGUGCGAUAAUUAUUUACUAAUUAGCUAGAACUGGCACAAGAGUAGCACUAGUUGCUACAGACAAACUCCUGUAUAUUCAUAAGCUUUAUGUCGGUCAUUUGACAUACUGCGACACAUUUAGGCCGCUAGAUUUAGAUAAUAUAGCUAAUUUUGUGAUAGUUUGUUUUUUUGUGUGUAUGAGCUUCUUUUGUGAUUUUAUGAAAAAAAAAUUGUUGACUUGCACUUGUUGAAGUAGUAGUUAAAAUAGUUAACUAAUUUUACACUAACUAAGAUCUUGUUUUGGUACAAAAUAUGUACCAACUACUACUGUUUUGUUGGAGUCUUUUUAUGUUUGUUACUUACUCACUUAUGCAGCCUCAUUUAGGCUAGUUAGCAUAAGCUAAAGCAGGUUUUUCUACUAAUUAUACUAAUUUUUUCAGUGUGUCAACUUCUAUUUACACUGUGUUGCAGGUCGAAGCAGCUUCAGGGUGUUGACGGAAGGCACACAGCAGCUGGAGGAGGCAUGACCCGGUGAGGCCACAGUCUCAGUCCAAGAGGAAGCGUGAAGAGCCCAACUUCAUGGAGGCCGUCCCCCCGCUGCAAAGGUGCCGCAUGUUUAGACGACCGUGAGCUGUCCUGACCUGCACUCCUACUGUACGAACGGCGGCGGCGGCGAGGGGCGGGGGAGGACGCCGCUGAUGCUGCUGAUUGGCCGGCGCCACGACUGUCAUGCAGGAGAAGAUGGAGAAGGGCAAGGGGUCGCCCGAGGUCACAACCCCACCGGAGGGCGGCUGGGGAUGGAUGGUCGUCGCUGGCUGCUUCCUCGUCACCAUCUGCACACGGGGUGUCACCAGAUGUGUUGCCAUGUUCUUCGUGGAGUUCCAGCUGCACUUUGAGAGGGAUUAUUCCACCACGGCCUGGAUCCACAGUCUCAUAGAUUGCACCACCAUGUUCUGUGCUCCUCUCGGCAGCUUCCUUGUCAACCGUCUGUCAUGCAGAGCGACCAUGAUGCUCGGCGGACUCAUGUCCUCUAUCGGCCUGGUCCUCAGCUGCUUUGCCUCCAGGCUGGAACACCUGUACGUCUCUCUGGGGAUCCUUGCAGGUGUGGGUUUUGCGCUCAACUUCACGCCGUCCAUCGCCAUGGUGGGACGAUACUUCAGCGAGAAGAAAGCUGUGGCCUAUGGUAUCGCUCUGUCAGGCAGCGGCAUCGGGACCUUCAUCCUGGCCCCGGUCAUCCAGCUGCUCAUCGAUCAGUACUCCUGGAGAGGAGCCAUGCUGGUCCUGGGCGGCUUCGUGUCCAACUUGUGCGUCUGUGGCGCUCUGAUGCGGCCCGUGCAGCCCCGCACAGGUCAAAGGGCGAGACAGAGCGGCGAUGGCAACAUGGCGCAAGAAGUCGAUGCCAAAGAAGAACCUUCGGGUCACAGUGUGGAAGAUCCAAAGUCGCUGGAAAUCAGCAGCUUCAGUCGCACUCAGAGACUUCUCAUCGCCAACGGAGCGCUCCAAAGCUGCGAGCUGGAGGAGAGCCAACUACCUCCGGGCAAGGUCGCCUUGCCGCCGAGCGGCCCCGAAGCCGGCUCGACGGACAUCAAGCUGGCGGAGUGCAUUUUAUUAGGCAACAAGCUGACGCCGGCCAUGCUCGGGGAGCUGCAGGUCUCCGACGCCAAGCUCACCAAGCGGGUGCAGGACGAACACAACAAGAUGGGGGAAGACGCUGAUAAAGGCGUUAACUCGCCCGGGUGUUGUCGCUGGCUGCAGCCAGGGCGGGACUUUGGCUUCCUUCUCAUCCCCGACUUCAUGAUCUGGUCACUGUGCUUCCUGUUUAUGGCGUACGCCUGCAGCACACCUGUGGUCUACCUGGUUCCCUACGCCAUCAGCCAGGGCGUGGAGAAGAAGCAGGCCGCCUUCCUCAUGUCCAUAUUUGGCAUCAGCGGCAUCGUGGGAAACAUCACCUUCGGGUGGAUCACAGACAGGAAGUGCCUGAACAGGUAUCGGAUGCUUAGCUUCAUGCUAAGUGUAGCGGUGGAGGGCCUGUGCUGCUGGUCCCUUCCGCUCCUGCACUCCUUCGCCCCCCUGGCGCUCUUUGCCGUCGUCUACGGCUACUUCGAAGGCGCCUACGUGGCGCUCAUUCCCGUGGUGACCUCGGACGCGGUGGGCUCCGACUACCUCAACUCUGCCCUGGGUGUGGUCUACUUCCUGCACGCCAUCCCGUACCUCGUCAGCCCACCAAUCGGCGGUUGGUUGGUGGACGUGACGGGAAACUACGCAGGAACCUUUUUCCUCAGCGGCACUUCCUUCAUAUUAAGCUCGGUGGUUCUCGCCAUCGCCAUGUUGGUCCGACACUCCUGGAAGACGAACCUAUCCUGUCCAAAACGCGCUGAAUGUCAACAAAACAUCAUCUGAUGCUCAAUAUGUGUAUUUAUCUUGAAAAAAAGACAAGUUUUCUACAUGGUACCUGGUCAAAUGUGUUUGGGUUAAUGUCUCGUGUGUGUACGGUAUAAUAAAUACAUAGCAGUUACAUGAUGUACUGUUGAUUACUGUAAAGUCAAUGUUGUUAUCAAUUAUUGACUUGGUCAAGGCUCCAAUUACUUCACAUUAAAUAUUCCACUUUGAAGUAUGUUUGGGGAAAAUGUUGCAUAUUUUGUGCGUUUGCCAUAUACAAAACCCAAAACC